AUGUUGGUACGUAGUGUUAUGACAAGUUACAAGUGUGGUCGGAUGUUGUGGAAUACCGCGCGAGUGGACAAAAAGUUUGUUUGCAUCAACGCCGCUAUGAACCAGUCGACCGAGGCCGGAGAUAAUAUAACGGAUGUUCAGGCAGCAUCAUUGAAGAAAGAUAUGUGCUUACUAGUGGAUGAGAGAGACAAUAUCAUAGGUACUGCGAGCAAGAGAGAGUGCCAUAGAGUGGGGCCUGAUGGCAUGGUGCCACUACACAGAGCCUUCAGUGUCCUCAUGUUCAAUUCCGCUGGAGAACUGCUCGUACAGAAGAGGGCUAGUCAAAAAGUAACAUAUCCUAAUGCCAUCACAAACACAUGCUGCAGCCACCCACUACUCAUUGACGGUGUACCGGAGGACGUCACUACCGCCGCUAUACGCAGACUGAACGAGGAACUAGGGAUACCGAAACAACAGCUGAAUCGGGAAGACUUUACACUUAUAUCACGGUUCAUAUACGCGGACCCUGGCGAUGGAGUGUGGGGCGAAUACGAACUGGACCACGUGCUCAUCCUGAGGAGCGACGCACAAGUCAAACCUAACCCUAACGAAAUCGAAGACGUCAAAUAUGUCGCUAAGAAUAAGAUGGACAGUUUUAUAGCAAACCAGAAGGAUCCUAUCACGCCAUGGUUCAAGUUAAUACACCAACACAUGCUGCCGUACUGGUGGGACAACCUUCACCGCCUCAAAGACAUCGCAGAGCCAGACAUGAUACACUCCUUCGUAAAUAAAGAUUUAUAG